GUUCAAAAUUUAGCCGAUAAAUAAUUGAGUGUGUGAUUACCUGCUGAGUUACAUUGCAACCUCGGUACAACAGUUUCAAGCGCAAGCGAGUGGGAGAGGGCAAGGAAUGGAGUAUAUUGUUGAUGAUCCUUCUUUAAACCCAUCUUCUUCUGUAGAGGGAAGUGAGAGUGGUGCUGGGAUAGUGUCCUUCGUUAUUUUAGCAUUUUUGGCACUAUUGGUUAUAACCUUGUUUACCCCUCUUAACCGUAGAACAAAAGAGGUGAAUGAUGCUCCAGCUAAUAAGUGGGAUGAUAGCGACAGAGACACUGACCCAGACACAGACUCUGUAAACUAGAGAGUUCUUCUUACUAAUCCUAAGUAAUUGCUUCUCUAAACAUUUC